CGUCGUCAAGCAAAUCUACCAAGUUUGCCAAAACGGCAGGCAGCAACUAAAAGUGAACGUCACCGGCCGCAUCAGUCGCCAUCAAAUGAUGAAACUGUGCUCAUCUCGCACCAACUCCACUCUGUUGAAUGUUGUGAUCGAUCAACGACUUAGAAUUGACACCUGUCGAUAUCUAAUGGAAAUUCAAUCGCGUCGUCUAGCGGGAGAAUAGAAAAUACCAACAAAUAAAAGCGAAAUUUCGCAUACAAAGAAAUAAAACUAAAAAUCAAAUAAAUAAAGCUUAAAUCGUCAAGAACAAAGCGCCGCAGCUGUGAAGCGCCGGAAAUAGUGAGCAAACACACCAGCAGCGCGCAUUGAUAAAGAAAAAAAAAGAGGCAUCAGCAAAAGAGUUCCAAGUGCAUAAAAAGCAACGAAAAACAAAAUUUUUAAUUUCGGAUUUUUCCACCAUCAAAUGUUGGGUUAGGAAAAAAUUUGAAUUUGCGAGAAUAUCGCUUAAAUUUUGCGAAAAAUAUAUUUCCAAAUAUUCUAUGUGUAUGUAUGUAUGUCAAUUGACGUCAGCGUUAACCUCGCAUAAAAUUGAAUAGAUAUUAACAAAACAAAAAAACAAAAAAUUAGAGCAAAACGCUUAGCAUAACAAAAAUUGAGAAAAAAAACAACUAAAAAGCGAUAAAUAAGUAAAAAUUGGAACAAAACAAACAAAGAAAUAUAGGCGAAUAAGUGUAAGUGUGAAUUAAGAAAAAGUAAAAAAAAGUUAGCUAUUUUUAGUGCAUGGGCAUCCGGUGAAAAUUAUAAGCACAGCAACUAAACAAAGCAUAAAAAAAUUGUCACUUGCGUAGCCAUACGAAAAGUUCCAAAAAGAAAACGAACGAAUUGUGCAAAGCCGUGUUAUUGAAAUUUUCUAAACGAAAAACCACUUGAAAGUUAAAAAGCUGGCUAGACCUGUUCCUACAUCUAUGGAGUUUCACCUAGACAGUGCAGAAUACUGCCAAGCACAGCACAAAUAAAAAGGAAAAAAGUUUGCUAAACAGCGAAAGAAACGUAAAAAAGCCGGGAGUUGGAUCUUGUUGGCAGCGUGUCCAGUUGGGAGACAGUUAGACAGGAGAAAGCAGAGAUAGCGCGGGACGUGGAAGCAAGAGAAAUAUUGUAGAGAAAAUUUUUGUAAAUUUUGAAACAUAAAUCAAAAGCCUUAACGACUUUCUAAUUGGAUUUUAAAGAAAGUGUUGCCUGGAGUAAAGAAAGAGGGAAUAACCGCAAAAAGCGCGCAUAUCAGAGGAAUAGAUAUAUUUGAAUUUGAAUCUAAAGCUAAAACAGAAACAAAAACAAAAGCAACGAAAGCGAAGAAAAGCCAAGUCGGCUAAUAAGAAUUAUCAUAAAGUUGAUUUAUCAAAAAAAAAAGUUAAAGAGGAAUUAAAAACAUCAACAGGGAUUUCCAGGAGAAGAAAAGCAAGUAGGUUUUGUGCAAGAAAAAAAAAAAACACAAAAACAAAGCAAAGCGUAAGCUGCAAGAAAUACUAUUUUUGAAAAACUUUUUUCUAAUUACUUUUUUGUGAUAAUUUUUAAGAUAAAAAAAUCACACACACACAACUAACAAAAACUCAUUAACUUUCAACAGUAAAAACAAAAAAAAAAAAUAUUGUACUUAAUUUUAAAAUUUGCGGUAAUUACAAAACCAUUUCCGUAUAUAAGCUUCAAUUUGCACUUUAAGAACUUAAAUAAUAUUUAUACAAAAUAUUUACACAACAAGCAAAUUAGCAUAAACUGCUGAAAGUGUUAUUAACACAUCUUCCCAUAUUUGAAUUUGAGAAGAAAAACCAAAAAAGAAAAGAAAAAGCAAAAAACAAAAA